AUGAAAAGACUAGUCGAUUGCUUUCAAGUUUCUGACGACAAAUUGGGAAAUUCGCCUCAAGAAAAUUCUGUCCUUUUGGAAUUGUGGAGUGAGGAGACGGACGUUAGCAUGGCCACAUCACUGAGUUCAGUGUCCCACUGCUCUCGAACGAAAGUGACGAGACUCGGGAAGAGCAGCCUUGUCCUCGUUGUUCCGUUGUUACUGGGUCUCAAGAGCGAGGCAGUCACGAGUACCGUUCAAGUUCAAUGGAAUCAGCGAGGAAUUACUCACUGCGAUUUUCGGAGGCAUGAGGGGGUUUACGGGGUCGCGGACCUGCUGAGUUGUAUGAACGAUUUGGCAUCACAAAUGGUGGGUCAGAGAUUCUCCAGGAGAAUCGAUGAGGGAAAUAGGUUCCUCCCAGCAUCGAGGAGGACGGACUCCUACGGAUACGUCCGGUAUCCUCCCCAUCCAGAACGACGAGACUACAGGCCCAAUUCUUUGUACCGAGAGUCCCUGUACCCGGAUAAUCUCCCAUCACCACACAGAUACCCACCAGCACUGCCACCGGGCUAUCCCCUCGAACCCACCUCGAAUUACAGUCCCGGAAUUUUGGGUGUCAACUUGCUCGAUGCACUGUCCUCCAUAUCACAAUACGACGAUCGUAAAUGCGUUCCCAGAAUUCUCUGCGAGGUUGCCACCGGUGUCGUACCCGGUAAUUCCGAGUACAAGCAGAGUUACGGGGGCUUCGGUAUGAACUCCCUCGUCAGUUUGUUGACGGCUUUCGACGUCGGAGGAUCAUCGCCACUCCUGACCUUUGGCAAAUCCGCUUUGAUGGGAUAUACCAACAGAGGCAAUCCAGAUGUCUGCUAUCGACAGUAUCCAAGAUGCCCCAGAGAACCCAGUGCUGUUGUUGAUUAUCUCAACAAUCAUAAUGGUGGAUUUUUCAGAUUUUUUAGGAAUAGAAAUUCAGGUCUUGGCUAUAGAGCUGCUGUUAAUCACCGACCAGCGCCCCCUCCAGGCUUAUCUGGCCCUGAGUCUGAUCGCAAAGGUACGGGUAGUCUGAGAAUCGACGGCCCAUCAAACAAUCCCAGUGAUCUAACUGCCUAUGAGGGCAUCCUUCCAGAAGCUCAUCAGACAAAGGAAGUUGUUUUCCCUGACUCUUCAUCUAAGAGAGAAGCUAAAUCACUGAAUUUCAGAGACCAAAUCUCCUUUUUUCCUCAAGUAACUAUGUCAAUCAAAGCCUCAAAUCAUUCACUUCCUAAUCACGAUGAUUUUAUUUCAGUGAGGAGUAGCAGAAAUCAAUCUUCAAACAUUCAAUGGAUAUGA